AUGGAUUCCAUUUUCGGAUUUUUCCAAGAAUGCCUCCAAGACGGAAUAUUCUGUGCCGUGGUUGGAAGUUCACUCUCUGUAUACGACCUUGGCAACGUGGUGGUUACACGUUCCGGACGACCUAUUGCACCUGUUAGUUUUCCCAAGGAGAUUCCGGAAAUUGAGGAAAAAGCAAGGAAGAUCUUGCAUGAUGAAACUGGCAUAUUUGCAGGCUUUGAGGGACACCGUGAUCACGUCGAGUUCAACUUGUUGGUAUCAAUGAAGGUUACUCAGAGUUCAUCGAGUGUGAAAUCCUGGGAGCCGUACGUCUUUGGCUCCCCCACAAGAGGUACAAUUGCGCCCCCCAACAUGCACUACAGAAUGCCCAAAACGACGGAUGCCGAUUACGUGUUUUUGUUGGUUUCGCGGAUAGUGCUGAAGAGAGAGAUUGCAGAAAACCUGCAAGAGACUGAUGUAAGAGCCAUAGUUGACCACCUUUCUGGCAACUUGGUUGUAGAGACCAACGAAGAAGGUCUUGUUACCGAUUGGGACAACCCAAGAGGCACUCUUUCUCUUCCUGGCUGGCGUCUUCUCGAAUUUGGUGUCACGAAACUCAGUCCGCAGCUGUUCCAACUAGUCCAGAAUUGGGUACUGGUGGAAACGAGGAAUAUGUUCUACAUUUAUGGAGCGGAUGCAACAACAACAACAUGGGAGGUAACAAUUAUGGCGCUGUUGGAGCUGCGGAAAGCAAUGCUUCAGGCUGUCAACGGUGCAGAACCAUCCCUCGGUGACUUGAUUGAAGGUGUCCGUGUUCAUCACAACCUCUCUCAAGAAUUGCUAGACAUGAAGGCUUCGCCACACCCGGCUGCUGGCCAUUGCUGUCGUUUGCCGUAUCCGGCAGCAAGUUAUCAGAAGACCAACAAUUUUUUUGUCGAGUCCCACGAAAGGGCUCGCAAGCUCGGGUAUAAGCAGGGAAAAAGUAUUGUUCAACUCUUUGUCACUGGUGUCAUUGACAACAAUGUGGAAGAUGCUAUUGAUGAAUGGCCAGCCAACAGCAUGGUCUUUUCAGACAACGCACUGACUGAUCUCUUUGAGCCAUUUGGUGAGGGUUGCAUUAAAGAGAUUGUCCGGAGGAUCAAACGAGAUGAGUAG